AUGGCGAAAGGUGAGCCAAUCAUACCCGCUCGCCUCGGCUCAGUCGUUCGCGCACGUCCCCAGAUGCUAAUCCUCCUUAACAUACCUCGCGCAGUCGCCCAUCUUCUCCAACAGGGCAAUGUGAAUAUGAAGAAUCAACCUCAUUCGGGUUCGCCGUCUUCAAGAAUGCUGACCCCUUCUCUUUCUCACCCCUCUCCUCGCCAACUCUGACCACCCAACGCUCCAUCGCGGACCUCGCUCCAUACCAUCGAACCUCGUCAUUUCCAACUCGCUCCAACCGAACCAGGUUCCGAAACCUCUUCCCCGGCUUUGGAAUUGCCGUCGUCGCCUUCACAGGCUACGUCAUCUACGACGAGACCGUCAAGGCCGCCAAGGCCAAAGUCGACGCUUCGAGGCAGGGCGUAGAGGGGACACAUUGA